UAAAGAAGAAUAGGAACCUGUCGCGUGUUCGCCUCAUGGAUGGUUCGCCUGUACUACGUCAGUUAUGGCUGCGUUUGGGUUUUGUGGAGACUGGUGUCUUCUCGUCUGCGACAAAAAAAUAGUAGCGGUUCACAGCAAACAGAGCAGAGACCCAUAUGUGUUUGACUGCAGCACUGUUGAGAAGAAGCCAAAGAACAAAACGAAUGAAAACAGAUCAAAUGAUGAUGGUGCAUCAGAAGAUACAGGAAGUGACAAAGUCCUCGCAUUUGCGGUGUCUCCCUCUGGAAAGCUGGUGGCAUUAACUGAUGACACCAAGAGACUGAUUCUCUUACACUGUGGUGAUGCUUCAUGGCAAUGUAUCAGCAUCAGGUUUGUGGUCAGGAGGUGCACAGCCCUUGUGUUCAGUCAGGCUGAGGACGAGCUCCUGGUGGCUGACAAAUCAGGAGACGUGUACUCCUUUUCAGUCGUGGAGCCGCAGAGGGAGGGUGAAUUGAAGAUGGGGCACCUGUCCAUGUUGCUAGCAAUAACUAUGUCACCAGAUGAUAAGUACAUCGUCACCGCUGACCGUGAUGAGAAGAUCAGAGUGAGCCACUUCAGGUGUCCAUACAACAUCCAGUCCUUCUGCCUGGGACAUCAAGAGUUCGUCAGUGCACUGCUCAUCCCAUCAGCUCAUUCCCACUAUCUGCUGUCUGGAUCAGGGGACGGAACUGUGAAGCUAUGGGAUUUUGAGUCUGGUCGCAGGCUGCAGAGCUGCGACCUCAAACACCUUGUGGAGAAAUUGAGCUCUGAGGCUGAUGAAGAGAAGAAGCCAACAGUGAGUCAUAUCACCAGCUCUCCUGAUCAAUACCACGUCGCUGUGCUGUGUGAAAGGUUACCAACAGUUCAAAUUUUUACUCUGAACCUGGAGAGUAAAGAGAAACUUGUGCCACACACUAGACUGACCUUGCCGCACUGUCCCCUGGACAUGACGUUUGACCUGGAAGGAAGACUCUGGGUGCUGAUGGACUCCAGUGACAAAAUGCUGCAAAUGUACUCGCAGAGACACGGUUCCUGGGAGUGUGAUGCUGAGAGCCAAGAUCUCAUGACAGUCACUGAAGCCUUCCAGCCACACUGGAAGACACUUGAAGCCAAUACAAGGACCAACAGCAGGUUUGAGCAUCUGGUCAAGAGAAGUUAUGACAACGUGGAGGCGUAUUUGCACAAGAAGCAGCAGAGACUAGACGAGCAGCAGCUAAAGAGGACCAAGACACACAAAGUAAAUGAUAACAAGAAAGCCAGGAAGGAGAUGUCAAGGGAUGUAACGCAGUCAUCAACCUAAACGUCAGAACGGUGAUUUCCUUUGUGUUGAUGAAUCUAAGUUGAAUGUGUGAAGCCUUUGGAUAGUGUGUGUUCUGCUAUAUAUAUAUGUUCUCUUCACUUUUUUUUAAAAUAAAUAUUAUGCAAACACAAAGCUGAGCCUUCUGUUGCUGCCAUGAGUGCAGCUGCUCUCAUAUUUACUCCUCCCUUUCACUCUGUGCUUUGAUUUGCUGUGGGUGUGGGGACAGAGUGAGGAUAUUUCAGGUGUCAUCACUCACUGUCUCAUUGUCGUGAUUGUGACUGAAGGAAUUUCACCACAUUUAUUACAAAUGUCCUCUCACUCAAAAAGGAGGGAAAUAAUUGAAAUUUGAUGGUCGAAGGUCACUGUGAACUUAUGUUUUAUCAGGAAUAUUAAGAGGGAAUUUCAUUUAGAACAAAUACAACACAUUUACAGUGAUUGCAGGAUAUGAUUAAAACAGAAAUGAAAACCAUCAAGGUCAAUCUGUGAGAUUUCACAUGUACCCAUAUGAACAUAUGCACACUUUUGUAAACUGAACAGUGAGGCAUCAUUAGCCAGGAAUGAUAUUUAAAUUGUGUACUUAAGAGCUUUGUCUUGCAUCUCAACCACAAAUUAUGUAUUAAUGGUGGAUGAUGUAAAUCAGUGAUAAUAACAGUGGAGACUGUAACUUGUAAUUAAAGUCUUUAUUUUUCAUAGGAAUAAACAAAUGUCACUAAAAUCUGUAC